AUGUUCCUUCGCCAGCUUGAUUUGACGACUGCGCUGCGUCCCUCACUGCUCCCGGAUGAGACGCUUCUAUUCGUGCAGGAUGCCGUGGGCUUGUACGAAGGGUCAUACAAGUUACCUAAUCACCAGAACGGCCAUGCCUACCUGACCUCGCACCGAGCCUGCUACGUAGAUAAUGAAGAGCCGAGAAAGUAUAGUGUUGCUCUAGAGCUCAAGGAUGUUGACAAGUCGGACUUCUACGCCGGCUUCCUGAAGUCCUCUCCCAAGAUCACACUCUACCCGAAGCCCUCAAAGCGCGCUUCUUUAACACCUUGGGGCCCACCUCUAUCAGUCAGUGGCAGCGCAAGACUAAGCCCAACAUCCACGCCUCCAACACGGCAUGGCAGCCCAGCACGCUCUUUCGCGCCCUCCCCGGUGCCACCCGUAACAACCGCUACCUGGAUCUGUCCCAUAUGCUCGUUCUCCAAUCCUGUACCGACGAACUUCGAUCCUGCUACUGCAAACGCACAUACGCCAUUGCCGCCAUGUCUCGCAUGCGGCAUCAAACCGCCUCUCAUACAUGUGGUCAAGGCGGCAAUAGCAGGCAUAAGCAAACGGCAAGCGCCAGUUGUUGCGCCCGUACCGCAAAGGAACUUUGAUCCAUUCGCCAGUUUGUCGCAGACACAAUUAGCCGCUGCGCCUUCGUUCAUAUGUCCUCGAUGCACUUUUGAGAACCACCCAUCGCUCAUAGCCUGCGAGAUGUGCGGUGCUUCCCUGGUGUCGGCACCAGACAAGCGCCUUGAUCUCAGCGAUGCGGCUUCACGGCGAAUAGAGUCGCCCGGGCCGUUCCUCGACGAUCAGUCUAUCGAGAGCGACUCUGUCGAGUGCGUCAAGUUUUCUUUCCGUGCAGGAGGCGAGAAGAUCUUCUACGAGCGGCUGAAGGGCGCGUUGGUGCAACGAAAAUGGCUCCUCUAUAGCGCACCACCAGUACCGAAGCCCAACAAUCCCCCUGGCGCCCCCCAGAACGGGCGUUCUACUUUCAACGCAAGCUCAUCCAGCCCUAUCCCCGAGAAGGGCAUUGGCAUAGCUGGCCUCGAGCGGAGAGGGGCGGAGUUGAGGAAGAACAAUGAAGUCGUGAUCGGCAGCGCCUUCGAAGACCUCGAAGCACUCAUGACGUCCGCUAAAGAAAUCAUCGCACUUGCAGAGCAAUUCGCUUCACAAGCGAGUAUGAGCUCAAAUGGCAACGCUUCGGAGGCCAACGCAUUGAUAUCGCAGUCUGCAUCCGCACUCGGUCUGGUGACCACGAAAGAUAUGCUAGGCUCAGGCAGUGGCUCGGAGUCGCUCUAUGUGUCGGAGCUUUCACGGAACUUGGCUGAGUUCCUUACCGACGACUCCAAGGGGAUCCUCAAACGAGAAGGCGGCAUCAUGAGCUUGGUAGAUCUAUGGGCAGUCUUCAAUAGAGCAAGAGGUGGCGUCGAGCUCGUCAGCCCCGCAGACUUCGAGAAAGCAGCACAGAUGUGGGACAAGCUCAAGCUUCCAGUCCGACUCCGGAGGUUCAAAAGCGGCCUUCUAGUUGUUCAAGGCCGCGAUCGGACUGAUGAGAAGACCAUCGCUAGCUUGCGUGCAUGGCUCAAGGAACUUCAUUUCGAUAUACCCAAAGACGAGGUCACCUGGGACUGGACGCACUUCGGCCGCGGUAUCACCGCGCAAGAAACAGCGCAGAGGUUCGGCUGGAGCGUGGGUGUCGCGAGCGAGGAACUCGAGAUGGCAGAGGAGAAGGGUGCGCUCUGUCGCGAGCAAGGCUUUGAUGGCCUGAAGUUUUGGGAGAACUGGCUCGUGGAGUUGCCUGUAGAGACCCCAGGAAGCAGCCAGCAGUGA